UAGGGAAGGAAAUACCGCCACAAGAUGGCGCCCCUGCCUCUUCCUCCUUCCCUACAUGUGACUUCCAGGAACGGGCAGCGGUAUGUGUGGCGUGCCAUUCGCUUUGCCUGGGAGAGGGUACCCGGUUCUCCCGAAUCCAUCCAGACGGGUCUCACCUACGCCACGAAAAAGGUCCGCACCGCCACCCCCAUCCACCCCCGUAAGGGUGCCCCAGUUUUGCGGACGGUUGUGCUGCCCCCGCCCUUCCCCUGCCUAGAACUUGAUUUUGCAAGUUUGCAACGGCGGGCGGCGGCUGGCAAAAGCGAAAGCGAAAGCGUGUGCAAGGCUUGUUGUGAUGACGGUGGGCGCCGCUUCUUAGCAAAGCCGAGGAGCGCUGUUGCUUUCGGAUUUCCUCCCUGCAUCUUGGGGAAAGGCGCUAACAUGGAGAAAGAUGCCAUUCCUGGAAUAUCUGCAAAUGAGAGAAACAAUUUUAAAGAACAACUGAAGAGUAUGGAGAAAGGUGAAACUCCAGGAGUGCCAGUAAAUGAGAAGAAAACUCUUACAGGACUGGAAACGCUCAUGAGUAUAGGUGAACAUGAGAUGCCAGGUGCAUUCGACAGUGAAAAUCGUAAAGAAUUGGAAGAAUGGAAGGAGAAGCUUGUGAAGGCUGAAAAACUGAAGGCUGACAUGCUUCUGUUAAAACUUGCUGCUGAUGAAAAGAAAAAGACACUUCAAAAUGAGUUGGAGAAGCUAAAGGAUCUGGUUUCUAAGAAGAAAAGACAGGAGGAUCAUAAGAGGGAUCUUUCCAUAAUAAAGGAGCAAAAUACUGAGCUGAGGAAAGUAAUUGGGUCACUUAAAAGCAAACUUGAAUCAGUGACUGCUCAAUGUGAAGAACUUGGAAGGAGUGUUCAGCUCAAAAAACAGAUACCUGAGAAGAAAAUGAAGUGCACACGGCUGGAGAACGUUACGACUGAAGACAAGUAUACGAACAUGUCCUGUUUUUUUAAGAUAACUCCAAAAAUCCCAUUCAGGGUGGGCCAAGGAGAAGCUCUCAUCACAUUUGAAGAAGAAAGUGUUGCACAAGAAGUGAUUAGGAGACGCUCUCACACUGUGAGUCUUGAAAAUGAAGAUAUAAUUCUGCAAGCCCUGCCUGUUCCUCUGGAGACAGGAGUAACAUUUGAGCUCCAUGUUAAGAUCCCUCAACAGAAGGUUCAAGUUUCUGACAUCCCAGAUCUUAAUUUACCUGACGAAUGGAUGAGAGAUAAGUUGGAACUGUACUUCUACAAAACGAAACUGGGAGGAGAGGUGCAGAACGUAACUUAUGACCAGCAGUCAUGCAUGGCUCUUGUUACGUUUACCCAGCCAAUAGCUGCUAAUGAUAUUGUGAAAUAUGGGGCAUACCCUUUCCAUGCAGGUGACUGGAUUUUCCCAAUAACAGUUUCCCCUAUCAAACAGAGCCAUAUAGAAAAGUUUCAGAUAUUUUCAGGCAUUUCCAGGAAAACCGUCCUGUUAAAAGGGAUCCAGACAAAAGAGGAAGAUGAUGAGAAUGUGCAAGAUAUGAUUGCCAUCCACUUCCAGAAACCAAGCAGUGGUGGUGGGGAAGUUGAAAGUGUCAGAUAUGUUCGAAAAGGAACCAAAAUAGCAUAUUUUGAGAAUGAUAAUACAAGUGAUGUUAUUUGAUAGGCAGAAGAUGAAAUUCAUUGCUAACUUACUGCCAAGAGCUUUACAGAAUCUGCCUUGUAAUAAAAAUAAAUAAGUUAUGCCAAUUA